GUUUGAAGCUGGACCGGGAGGGCGCGACGCUGCAGUGACGGCCGCGGGCGCUCGGACCCCUGCUGCCCCGCCUCGCCCGCCGGUGUGCGGCCCUCCCCGCACAGACAUGGCGGCCCCCGGGGGCCGGUGCGGUUCAGAGACCGAGCGCCUCCUGACCCCCAGCCCUGGGUAUGGGACCCAGGCGGAAGCUUCGCCGGCCCCUCCAGAAGAGGAAGACCUCCGCCGCCGGCUCAAGUACUUCUUCAUGAGUCCGUGUGACAAAUUUCGGGCCAAGGGCCGCAAGCCCUUCAAGCUGAUGCUGCAGGUGGUGAAGAUCUUGGUGGUCACUGUGCAGCUCAUCCUGUUCGGGCUCAGCAACCAGCUGGCAGUGACAUUCAGGGAGGAGAACACUGUCGCCUUCCGGCACCUCUUCCUCCUGGGCUACUCAGAUGGGGCAGAUGACACCUUCGCGGCCUACACGCGGGAGCAGCUGUACCAGGCCAUCUUCUACGCUGUGGACCAGUACUUGCUGCUCCCCGAUGUGUCGCUGGGCCAGUAUGCCUAUGUGCCGGGUGGGGGCGGCCCCUGGGCCAAUGGCUCAGCUCUGGCCCUCUGCCAGCAGUACUACCACCGGGGCCACGUGGACCCAGCCAAUGACACUUUUGACAUUGACCCAAUGGUCGUCACUGACUGCAUCCGGGUGGACCCCCCUGAGAGACCCCUUGUGCCCCCCAGCGAUGACCUCUUUCUCUCGGAUGGCAGCACCAGUUACAAGAACCUCACGCUCAAAUUCCACAAGCUGAUCAACGUCACCAUCCACUUCCAGCUAAAGACCAUCAACCUCCAGAGCCUUAUCAACAAUGAGAUCCCAGACUGCUAUACCUUCCACGUCCUGAUCACAUUUGACAAUAAGGCCCACAGCGGGCGUAUCCCCAUCAGCCUGGAGACCCAGGCCCACAUCCAGGAGUGUAAGCACCCCAGUGUCUUCGGGCAUGGAGACAACAGCUUCCGGCUCCUGUUUGAUGUGGUCGUGAUCCUCACCUGCUCCUUCUCCUUCCUGCUGUGUGCCCGCUCCCUGCUCCGUGGCUUCCUGCUACAGAACGAGUUUGUCAGGUUCAUGUGGCGGCAGCGGGGACAGGUCAUCAACCCGUGGGACCGGCUGGAAUUUGUCAAUGGCUGGUACAUCCUGCUGGUCACCAGCGACGUGCUCACCAUCUCGGGCACUAUCAUGAAGAUAGGCAUUGAAGCCAAGAACCUGGCAAGCUAUGAUGUCUGUAGCAUCCUCCUGGGCACCUCAACGCUGCUUGUCUGGGUCGGCGUCAUCCGCUACCUGACCUUCUUCCAUAAGUACAAUAUCCUCAUUGCCACGCUGCGGGUGGCCCUGCCCAGUGUCAUGCGCUUCUGCUGCUGUGUGGCUGUCAUCUACCUGGGCUAUUGCUUCUGUGGCUGGAUUGUGUUGGGGCCCUAUCAUAUGAAGGUAGGGGCUGGCUGGGGGUGCGGGGGUGCUCAUGACCCCAUCAAGGGGCCCCUGGCUCCUGCAGGACCACUUCUUAAACCCUCUGACCCCUGGUCUGUCUAGCAUGGACUGGGGGACACUGUA